GGUUGGAUGUGCCAGCCAGGCGGAGGAAGUCCACCUUUCCUCUGCACCUAUCCCCUGAGAUUCCCAGAGGAAGGCUCAGAACAAGCCCUUGUGCUUUUUCCUUCUUUCCCCAACCUUGUAGUGUGGCCACUGAUUAACUACAGCUGGGAUAGAGUUUGCCCAGCCUGUCUUUGAAUUCCACCAAUGAGUUCCUUCUCAAGGAAUGCUCCCUCCUAACUGCAGAGGAAGAGCUGGUGGUUGUGGGGGUCCUCUCCAACAUGGGUGUCUUGGUUCUGACUGCCUAAACGAAGGUAUUGCGAGUGGAUAAAUAAUGUGCACUGCUCUGAGCCCCAAGGUGCGCAGCGGACCUGGCCUCUCUGAUAUGCAUCAGUACAGCCAGUGGCUGGCCAGCAGACAUGAAGCUAAUUUGCUACCGAUGAAAGAAGAUCUAGCCUUGUGGUUGACCAAUCUAUUAGGGAAGGAGAUUACAGCAGAAACCUUUAUGGAGAAGUUGGAUAAUGGUGCUUUGCUCUGUCAACUUGCAGAAAGCGUGCAGGAGAAAUUCAAAGAAAGCUUGGAUACUAAUAAACCCAUAAAGAAUCUGCCCUUGAAGAAGAUUCCCUGCAAAGCCAGUGCCCCUUCAGGCUCCUUUUUUGCCAGAGACAACACAGCAAAUUUCCUAUCCUGGUGCCGAGAUUUAGGGGUAGAUGAAACAUGUUUAUUUGAAUCAGAAGGUUUGGUCCUCCACAAACAACCCAGAGAGGUGUGUCUCUGUUUGCUAGAGCUUGGCCGGAUUGCAGCCAGGUAUGGUGUGGAGCCUCCCGGGUUGAUAAAAUUAGAAAAAGAGAUUGAACAAGAAGAAACACUUUCUGCCCCUUCUCCUUCACCUUCUCCUUCAUCAAAAUCUUCUGGAAAAAAGAGUACAGGAAAUUUACUGGAUGAUGCAGUGAAACGGAUUUCUGAAGAUCCUCCUUGCAAAUGCCCAAACAAGUUCUGUGUGGAGAGACUCUCUCAAGGAAGAUACCGAGUGGGAGAAAAGAUCCUCUUCAUUAGGAUGCUGCACAACAAACACGUGAUGGUCCGUGUGGGCGGAGGAUGGGAGACUUUUGCAGGGUAUUUGUUGAAACAUGACCCCUGCCGGAUGCUGCAGAUCUCCCGUGUGGAUGGCAAAACAUCACCCAUCCAGACCAAAUCUCCCACCCUGAAGGACAUGAAUCCAGAUAAUUACCUGGUGGUCUCUGCCAAUUAUAAGGCUAAGAAAGAGAUUAAAUGAAUUUAGUUGGUCACUAUAAGGGGACUCUCUUAAUGGCCUGUGUCCAGUUCUCCUGACAAAUGCAAAAAGGUCAUCAUAUUGAAAAGUGUUCAAAGAGUAGCACUAUUUAUUUUUAAUGCUUCUGUUGCUAAUGACCUAUUAAAAGGCAUUCUAAGGUCAGAUUUAAAUUAGAAAAAAAUUAUAGGCAAAUUAUUUCUCGACAUAGGAACACAGUAUUUAGAACACAAUAUUAGAAACACAAUUCUGGCUAGCGACACAACUAUUAACUAGAAAAUAGUUAGGGUUUACAGAUAAGUCAACAGAAAGUGCCUGGUUUUUGUCUACAGAGUAAAAGCAGCCCACAUAUUUUAUAAUUGCCAGGUUUUUGAGCUAAAAAAUUUUAAAGAGUGACAGUAAAUGUGACCAUGUGCUACUAAUAUACCCAACAGCACUAUAGAGUACAGAGCAUUCCCAAUAGUAAUUAUUUACUGAAAAGGCCACUUCAGAAAAGUUUACAUUUACUUGGAAGAUUGCCUUAAAGUUUGUUCCUUAUCUCUGACCAAGUAUCUGGGGUACUUUGGGAAGUUUUCAGUCUACCCCUUAGAGAAUCGUGUCUGAAUUGUUUCAUACAUUCCCAAGCAUCAGAGCACCCGGCUGUGUUGUGACUGACUUAAGAGUAAUUCAUACACAUAAGCUGACAUUACUUUAUAUUUUGACAAAGUAAAUUGUACAGUCAAAUGUUCAUUGACUUCAUGUUAUUUCAAAGCAUUUUCUUAUUAAAAUAUAUCUUUAGUUAAUCCUACUUUGCUAUGCUAUCUAGUAAAGUAAGUUGACUAUAGCUAAUGAUGUUACAGAAGACCCUUGUAUACCCUUGUAUACUAGGACAGGGCUGUUUUGUACCAAUGAACAGCAAAAUAGUGUCCUCACUGAUUCAAGCAUUAAAGAAAUUAAACAAAAUGGAUUUGUCUCUAUAUCAUUACUUCAUUCUGAAAUAAACUUCAUUUUUAAGUGGCCAUUUUCCCUGAGAGUUGUAAGAAUAAUAAAGGUUUAGUUACCCAGUACCUUUCAUUUUGAGCAGCUGAGCACUGGGGGGUCAUAGGACCUUCAGCAAAGUACAGGCAGAGUUAAUUUAUCUUUCUUCUUUUUUCAACGAUAAGAAAUUCCCCUUUCUCACUCCAGAAAAUUGAGAGCGAGUUUGUCACAUGAUUGAUUUGGUCAAAGUAGUUCAUAGGAUCCGCAAACCUGCAUACUCUAAAUAGGUUCUACCAUCUGCAACAUAAAGACAAAGCAGACUUUUAAAGGACUUUAAAGGGCUCCCUCUGGUGGCACAGCGGGUUAAAGCACAGCACCACAAAGCUAUCACAGCCCCUGCAGCAUGAG